AUGAAUGUCAUCUGGGAAGAGGAGGUGGUUCCGCCAAUCCAAAAUCUUUUUGUACGUGUCGUGGGUAUUCUCCGAGCAAAAGGGCGGGUACCCGACAAGACAUUCAAACAUGAUGGCACCCAACGACCACCAAUCGCACUCGUUGCUGUACCCCUGCAUCAAAAAGAUUUCAGGGGCAAUAUAAUCCGGAGUUCCGACCGUCGACUUUCGGCGGUUGGCUUUCCAGGUUGCAAUCUGGUCCUUGCUCGUGACGUCGAGCAAGCGCUGGUAAUACCCCGAAUCAUGUUGCUUGUGGAACCCAGUCGACAAUCCAAAGUCGGACAAUUUGAUGUGGCCUUCUCUGUCGAUCAAAAUGUUGUCGGGCUUGAUAUCUCUGUUUGGGAGAGGGGAAAAAGGGA